AUGCUGAAAUUGAAUAUGUAUAGCUCUUACAACUGUGAGCUUUUUGCAUUUACACUGACAUUCUUUUGUGUAGGAGUCAAAGUUCCUCGUAACUUUCGCUUGUUGGAAGAACUUGAAGAAGGACAGAAAGGAGUGGGCGAUGGUACAGUUAGCUGGGGCCUCGAAGACGAUGAAGACAUGACACUCACCAGGUGGACAGGCAUGAUUAUUGGGCCACCGAGGACAAAUUAUGAAAACAGAAUAUAUAGCCUGAAAGUAGAAUGUGGACCUAAAUACCCAGAAGCUCCUCCAUCAGUUAGAUUUGUAACCAAAAUUAAUAUGAAUGGAAUAAAUAAUUCCAGUGGAAUGGUAGAUGCUCGGAGCAUACCAGUGUUAGCAAAGUGGCAAAACUCACAUAGCAUUAGAGUUGUGCUUCAGGAACUAAGACGGCUCAUGAUGUCCAAAGAAAACAUGAAGCUCCCACAGCCGCCGGAAGGACAGACAUACAGCAAUUAAUUUCAGUGGAUCUCACACUUGUCUUAAAUCAACAAUCUUCUACUCAUGUUAAUGUCUUGAUUAAAUAUCACAAUGCAAACUACCCGCACAUUAAGUCAAAGAAUGCCGGCUGGUAAACAUGACCUGGACGUUUGUAGGAAUAUAUUUAAUAUAUGUAUACACGUGAUGUUUUCAGGUAACAGGAGGAAAACGCAGCACCGUUUUUUUUAAGGCACUAUCAUUUAAACAUAGACCCGGAGAUGCAGGUAUGGUGAGAAGGGUCAGGCAGCUGUGGGAGCAUGUGCUUCUAGAAAGGAAAGAUCUCGAGAAGAGAGAAAUGGCAUGCCGUGCCCAUCCGGCUUAGUGAGAGCUGCAGUUCAGAUUGUCUAAAGUAGCAGGUACAAUGAAUAUUGUCACAGGUUGUUUUACUUUUUGAAGUGGUGUGGGUGCUGACUACCAACAGUAUCAAAAAUAUGUUCAGGAUUGUUUUGAUACCUGUAUUUAUAAUAAAAAAAAUGUCGGGGAAGGUCGAUGAAUUUCUGUUAAAAGCUGUUUCCGUGUGUCACAUGUAACAGAUGUGGUAAAUAUUUGUUUACAGUCUUUGUUUGACAAAUGAUGCAUUUACGUUUAAGUGAAACCAGCAAAAAGGAAAUAGGUAAAUGGAUAUGUGAUUUUUGAGAUUAAAGUUAGUCUUAAAAUGUAAAUAAAAUGUGGAUCGUGUUCUCAGACACUGUGCCAUUUCUGUUACAUUGAUGUAAAGUACCUGCUGAGGUAGCAAAAAUUGAAUUGUUGUAGCUCUUCAUCCAUACAAACUUUUAUUGUUUAUUCUGUUUGUAUACUUCCUGUGAGUUGGAAUUUGCAGAGUAUUUUAGAGAACAAAUUAGUUUAAUUUUUUCUUUGGAGAAGAAGGAAUCCCAAGUAUUAUAUUUUGACUUUGAUUUCACCAGAAACACAUUAAAAAGAUUUUAAUUAUAGAUUGUAAAUUAUCCAAAUAUGCACUCUAUUUUUGAUUCAUAACAUCUUUUUAUUUUGGUGCCAUUUUUUCUCCCAAUGCGUUUAACGGGGUGGGGUAAUUUUGUCCAUUCCACUUGCCUUUCACUUUGGCAUCUGCAGUUCUGAACAAAGUGAUGAGAGGCCUUAAGUCGCUGUUUUUUAUUGUGAGGCACUAAGUAUAAGUACUACUUUGUUAAAAAUACUCUUUUCUUAUGGAGAUCGCCGCACAGGAUAGAAAGGUGGUCGGGUGGCAAGGACACAUUCCUUAAACGUGCCCUGGCAUGUUUGUCAGAUCCAUUCAGAUCUAAGUCUUGGAGCUACCUUUUCUUGGUCAUUAAUAUAUUAAAGUUAGUGAUAGUUUGUCUAAACUUUUAAUUUCAACAUGGCUAUUCUAUUUUAAUUAUCAAAGAUGUUUAAAAUGACAGAAUAUAUAGGUACAAAUUAGUGCAUGUGUAAUUUAUUAAAAUAGGUUUGAAAUGAAUUGUCAUCUUGGAACACACUCUUAAAAGUUUUAAAUUGUUAGGGGAGAUUAAGUUUUCACUGAUGUCACGUGCAGCAUCUGAUGGUCUGCCUGUCUUCCAAGAGCUGCUUUUCCACUUUGAAAAUGUGUCCUGUCGUACGUGGGUGCUAGUGGCCAUUGGAAGCUGUCCAGUCGCUCACCUGCGGGUGGCCUGAGAACCCGGGUACCUUUAUCUCACGUGCUCGUUCUUUUUCCCGAAUCCAUGAUUGCAGGGGUUUUUGUUGUUUUCCCCUCUCAGCACAGGCUGUUUGAGUUGGCCCUGUGGUCUUUCUUUCCCUCCUUUUGUUUGGGGACUGUGGAUCUCUGCUGAAAUCUGCAUGCGAAAGCGAGGUCUGUCUUGCAUGUCACAAUCAGUAUGUACAUGGCAAUCUCGCCGCACUGGGUGAUGGCAGGAGUUCAUACAGAACCACUCUUGAGUGCAGUAACUUUCUAAAACUGCAGUUCUGAAGUGAUUUUUCCUUUGCUUUGUAAAGUGGCUACGGUUGUGGGAGUGUGCGGCAUUCAAUCAACUGUAAAAUUGCCUUUGAAGCUUGUUUAAAAAGCAAGCAGGUGAGCCCUAGGGGAUGAUCUUAUGUUAAUAAAGAUUUCAAAAAUAAAAUCUGUGUCCUGAUAGGUCAGUGUUAUGCUUUAAUGGUUUUAAUUAUUUUCUAAUUUUCAGAAUUUUUUAAAGUAUUUUAAAGUAAUGGUAUUUGUUACGGAGUUUUUAGAAUUUUGGACAUAAACAUUUGUAAAGAUAGUCAAUGGUAUUUAAGUCUUUUAUGUGUAAAAUACCAAAAUUUAUCAUUUUAAAUUAUCCUUUUAAAAGAAUUUAUCACACUUCAGAUUUGGAUAAAUAAUUAGAGUGAAUUAGUUUGAAUACCAUAUAAUUUAUUAGUCUGGAUUGCUUAAUACCAAUUUAUUGACUUAUAUAUUCCCCACUAAAUAUAUAUUGCUGUUGAUAAAUACAUACAAAAUUCUUUCUUUUUUUUUUUGAAACUUUAGAGGACACAGAUGGAAAAUAUUAAUGCAUUUUCCUUAAUAGAUUUGGUGUGCGUGGCUUUGGGUGGUGCUGGUAGAUGCAUCAUGAAAUUAAAGACUUUGGUCAAAACUGCA